AUGUCGACGAUGGAGUUUCGAGCCCUGUCUGGUGGCACAGGCUCGAGCCUUGCGAGGGCCACUGUGAUAGUUGCUGGAGUUGCUUCAUUAAUUGCGUCCCUGCUCUCCAUCGUGAAAAACUAUCGCAAGCCUCUUCUCCAGAGAUAUGUCGUUCGAAUCCUCUUAAUGGUGCCCAUAUACUCAGUGUCGUCGUGGACAAGCAUAAUUUCAUUACAAGCUUCAUCUUGGACUGCUCCAAUUCGCGAUAUUUAUGAGGCGUUCACAAUCUAUACCUUCUUUCAACUCCUGAUAAAUUUCCUUGGCGGUGAACGGGCCCUCAUUAUUAUGACCCACGGCCGCCCGCCGGUGCAGCACACAUGGCCGCUCAAUCAAUGUCUCUCGAAGGUUGAUAUUUCUGAUCCUCUUACCUUCCUGGCGAUUAAACGCGGCAUCCUUCAGUAUGUAUGGCUGAAACCUAUCCUUACGGUAAUCGCUAUUAUCUUGAAAGCGACAGGGACAUACCAAGAAGGUUACCUUGGGCUAUCCUCUGGCUACCUGUGGACCGGAAUAGUGUACAAUAUCAGUGUGACCGUCAGCCUGUAUUCACUGGCUCUCUUCUGGGUUUGUAUGCACGAUGAUCUUAGACCAUUCCGACCUGUGCCCAAAUUCCUUUGCGUAAAACUUGUUAUUUUCGCGUCGUACUGGCAAGGGUUUUUCCUAUCGAUUCUUCAGUGGCUAGGAGCGUUAUCGAAUGGACCUCUAGGCUACACUCCGGACAACUUGGCUGCGGCAAUUCAGGAUAGUCUAAUUUGUUUUGAAAUGCCCAUAUUUGCGGUCUUUCACUGGUAUGCUUUCUCAUGGCACGACUAUGCAAAUCCGACAAUAUCUGCUGCACGGAUGCCGAUUAUAUACGCCCUUCGGGAUGCAUUUGGAAUAAAAGAUCUCAUUCAAGAUUCGAAGGAGACAUUUCGAGGGGAGAACUAUGAAUAUAGAAAAUUCGAUUCUGGCGAUAACGUUAUUGCACAUGAAGAAUCGCACUCUCGCGUAGCGCGGGUGAUGGAUGGGAUGAGGUAUGAACGAGGUGGAAAGGCAAAGUACUGGAUUCCCAAACCCGGACAAGCAAAUAGUAGAACGCCAUUGCUACAAUCGCCAUCCAGCCGGCGAGAAUCUCUACCCUGGUCAAGAAGAGACAGCAGGGGUGACGUUCGCCAGUCAUAUACAGAUUGUGACGAAAUCACACUUGAUGACGAGGACGAAAGACUGUUUACAAAUGCGCGGGCGUUGGAGUUUGGUGAUUGGCAUUACCCUGUUAUUACGGCGAACGAAGUCCCCAGAGAUCAAUUGCUGCCAUCGCGAUCAAGAUCCUUUACCGCAAUCAAGUACCAACAUCCCCCGGAAGGAAACCAAGUCAAAAGAUCGUCACGACACCGAUGUAGACGCAUCCAAGGCGAAGGCUCCCAGGAGCCAUCCGCGAAUAGUAUAGCUAAGAAGCCUAGAAGAACAAGACGAAGCCGGCAAAACGUGGAAUUUGGAUCAUCGAGUAACUCGAAGCCAACAAACGACCAAUUGGUAGACAUAGUGGAUGAUGUUGAAAGUGCUGAUAAGGAAAGGGGACGCGCUCGUGCUGCGGGAAAAGAGCCACAUCACUUAGCUGAAUCCCGAUUGAUAAGCCGAUCCUCUAGUGGAACAUUGGUCCAGAAGGAUGGGCCAAACGAAACUGAAGCAGGACCCUCAACGUCACUUCCUGGCGAGGAUGAUGACUCCCAAGACGAAAGACAAAGGCUUCUUAGCCACAUUGAAGACGGCGUAUUCAAUGAAGAACGGGCUGCUUGGGGCUAGGCUAAUGGCAGAACUUUCCUUUCAAUGAGAAAUAGGGCUUGCGAGCAGGUCAUUCUAUACUUCUUAUCUGUUUGGAUACAUUAUUAUUUCCAAGGAGUUAAAAUUUUGGUUUGGCGUGCGG